GUUCUGUAUUUCAGAUGAAUUUAUAUGCAUUUCCACUCUUUCAAAAAGGAACAGCAAGGGUCUUCAGUGCGGCCACAAGAAAAUGCAUUACCACACUGGAAGGCCAUGAAGGCGAAAUUUCAAAGAUUUCUUUCAAUCCCCAAGGGAAUCGCCUUCUGACUGGCAGUGCUGACAAAACAGCUAGAAUCUGGGAUGUUCAGACCGGUCAGUGCCUCCAGGUUCUUGAAGGGCACACGGAUGAGAUCUUUUCAUGUGCUUUCAACUAUAAAGGCAACAUAAUCAUUACAGGUAGCAAGGAUAAUACGUGUAGGAUAUGGCAGUGACUGAAGAAAAAGGCAGUUGGUGAAAAAUUUGCUAGCAACGGAGACCAGAGCCCUGGAGCUUCACAGAGAGCAAGCAAGCUGGUUUGAUAUUUCAAGUUUUCUCUCUUUCCACAAGCUAGCAAUUUAUACACUGUCCUUAGCAUCACAGAUAUGACCAUUAAAAUGCAUAAAGUUCUAUUAUUAUUGAUAUUAUUUGGUGGGAAUGACAGGAAAGAGCAUAAUGUUUGGCAAAAGUCAUUGGUCAUUUCAAUUUUGUUUUUAUUUUUUGUAGUCUUGCAAUAGUGAUUAAGGAAAUCAGAAUGAUUUAACAGCGUAUCUUGUAGAUUCUGCUUUGAAGGCUAUUA